UCUUCUUGUGUGCUUGUAUCUCUUCGAAAAAAAAGAACCACACACGGAAAAGCGGUCGGAACAAAAGCUUCGUGGCACUAUAAAUUUAUGAGAAUUAUAAAAAUAAAUAAAGAAAAGUAUUUAACAAUAACAAAAAAAAAAGCUACAGAGCACUCGAACAGUGUCGAGUCAUUUAAGUGACGCGCGUUUUUCGUUUUUGACAUUACACACUAAAGUUUAUAAAAUAUGACAGACACGGCGGUACAGGCAAAAGUGUGUUCAACCUGAAAUAAUUUCGAAUGUGAUGUGUAGUCUGGCAGUCAGUCAGUUGGUGUAUAUUUAUUUAUCGAUAAUAUAUUGACAUCUGCUCUUAACGAGAACUAACAGAGAAAUAACAAAAAUAAUUAAAAACAAAACAAUUAUUAGAGAAGAAAAGAAUACGAGAGAAUUGAUAAAUAAAUAAAUAAAAUUAAAUGAAAUGAGCAAAACAUUUAACGAAUAUUUAUUGUGUGUGGAUUUGAGAAAAUUAAAAAAAUAAUAAUAAAAAUAAAUUCAAAGAAUUUUUUUGAAAAAUCACAACAGCAAAAAUAACAACAAAUUAAGCAGAAAUUACCUGUAUCAUCAAUACUUUAAGUUUUCUUUUCCACUGUGGGUAACUGGACUAAAACGUAAUCCGAUAUUGAAAAAUAGGGAUAAUUGAGCAGAGUGUGCAAGAAAGCGAAUAACACAACGAAGAAGAAAUAUAAACAGCUUAACGACUUUUUAUGGAGGAAGAUAAAACAACAAGAAAAGAAAUAAAAAUCAAAUAGCAGAAAUCAACAAAGUCUUAAUAACAAUAUUACUUCCUAUAUCUAAAAUAAACCCACUUACAACACUAUACACACACCGCACCCACCACAUCCUUAUUAAAGAAGUAACUGUUACAGCAGAACGAGCUGAUUGCGCUUGAAUGAGUGGGUUUUCAGAAUAAAAAAUGUGUAACGAUACUAAAUGUGAGGGCAUAAAACAACAACUAAACCAGUAGCAGUAGGAAAACGAGAAAAAUACAUACAAAAAAAACCUAUAACUAAAACAACAACAACAUUAACUCGGAGAAAUACCAUCACAUCAACUAUUAAACAAGGAUAACGGCAGCCAUUGAAUAUAAACAAAUAAACGAACACAAAAACAUACAUUCAAUCUAGUAUUCAUGUACAUAUUUACUUAUAUAGAUCGUGUGUGGAGGUGAACGAACAUUAACAAGUGAAACAAGGAGAAGGAGAGGACAAAACAGCUUUUCACACAAGUUCAAUGCAAUUUUAUGAACAGGUUUAUGUAUGCACACAAGUAAAGCUUCCCUAUUAUUUAGAGACAACUAACACACUCGCUCCUCCCUCUUUCCCAUUUGCGACAAUAAUAGCUCGUUUAUUUUCCUAUUAGAAUGCUAGUGAAUGCGUAUAAGGACAAGUACGUGUGAGUGCCUGGAAUUUAAAUGAAUUGCAUGUGUCUAAGUGAGAAAUUGUGUUCAAUGCGGCUUAAAUCAAACAUGCAAACAGCAUACGACAACAACAAUUCACAUGUGCAACAAUAAAAUAUUGCUAGUCGGUUUUACAUCCAACUGCAACUAACAGUUUUUACUAUACGGAACUUAAUUGUCCUGUUAAAGAUAAAAUUAAACUACAACAAAUAUUACAGUAAAACAAAUAAAUAGAUAAAUACUGCAGCCAGAAUAUACAGACUCAUGGCGCCAUUGUGUAAUAAUAAUAAACAUAAUUAAUGAGUGUUUAAAACUGGAAUUUUUUAUAAUUUGCUAAAAUUAAAAGUCCACCGAGGAUUACAAUUAAAUUUCACUUAAAUCGAAAAAAGAUGGGAGUAAGAGAAAAAAAACUAUUGCAAUAUUUAGCUAUAAAUGUCUAGAGGCCACAAAAUAAAUGUAAAACUAUUUAGUUUCAUCACCACCAUCUCUACUCGACUGAAAUCCAGUAAAAAACAAUACAAUUUUACACAAAUAGAAAACUUGAAGGACAACAAUGCAUAAAAAAAUGAUACAAUACGAGAACAACUACAGCGAAAAAAGUAAUAAUAGAAUUUAACUAGAAAUAUAAGAAAACAUACAAGCACACACAUAGAGAGGGAGACAUUGUCAAUGGAAAAUAAUAAAUUGCAAGUCAACAUCAUCAGUUUACUUGACAGCAACAAUAAUAACAAUCUACAUUACCCAGCAGUUGUAUAUCGAAGUAAACGCAUACUUUGUUGUAAUGCAGAGAGUAAUUCAGGCAUCACUUUAGCGUCCCCAAGUAAUUCAGAGAGGAAGCAGUUUCGCCGAAUUGUAGGGUAGUUAGUGACAACAAACAAUAUUGUAUAACAAGUAAAAUAUAUAUUCUUAAAUAUUAAAUAACUUUAUUUUCUCCGUAAACUGUUUGUCUUAAAGAAAUAUAACUUUCAAAAAAAUCUCCGCAUUUUUCAAGCUAUAUAAGAGAAAACUAAAUUAAAGAUAGAAAAACAUUCAUAUAAAAAUUUAAGUAGUUUUUUUUUUCGAAACGAAAGUUCUUAAGUUUCCAGGUUGUAUCUGUUUAAAGACAUCUCGCAAAAUUUCUCAAACAAAAUAUAUAAAGAAUAAAUAAAUAUUUAAUAAAAGAAAAAGAAACUAUACAAAACUAAAACUUGGGAAUUGCUAAGAGACUGUUGUGAUAUAAAGUUAGUUUUAAAAGUAUAAGAAAAAGAAAAUCUGUUAGUUAAAUUUAAACUUAGUUUAUUUUUUGAAUAAUAUAAUAAGUUGAAAAGCUUUAAGCUUAGUAACUUUUUUCAAAAGUAAGCUUUAAGCUUGCUUAAGUGAAAAGUUAUAAACCAGUUUUGGAAAUUAUUGUAUAUAAUUAACAUUUAUUUUUUAAUAUAAAAUUUAUCUUAAUUAGUUUAGAAAAUACAGUUUAAUUGCGAAAAUUAUCUUCAAAGAAAAAACAAAACAUAUACAAUUUCAAUAAAGACAUAGUGGAGUUUUUUUUUAACUAAACAAGUUAUUUUUAAUAGUAACUUUAUAAAAUAAAUUUAAGAAAUUUAGAAAUGAAUUUAAGAUUUUUGCUCCUAUAUUUAUUUAUUCUAAAUUUGAACACUUCCAUCAAAACUAACUAAAAGUUAAUGUUAUUUAUAGAAAAAAAAAAUUAGUCAAAUUGUUACGAACACUACUUUCAUUGUUUCUUUAAAAUUAUGUUUUAAUCAUGUGGUUUUCAUUUUCUUUCUUGUUUAAUUUAUACAAAAACUUGCAAUUAGUUAUUUCUUGAGAAGGAGUUUUUAGAAUUUGAACAACAAAUGGUUGAACUAACUACUACGGAUAUUGUUUAUCCGUUCUUAAUGCGUAAAUUACAAAUGCUUCAAACAUCUACUAUAUCACAACCUUUACUGCAACAACAACAAGUGUUACCACCGUCUGGUCUCGACAACGAUAAUAUUGGCGAAUUCGAUUCGGCACCCAUCUCCAUACAAGAUUUUAUUGAUAGUGUCCAAGUCACUCCCCAAGAUCAUUACACCACAAAUGACUCGUUCACAAUAACGGGAUUUGCGGGCAACGAUAGCCAAUUGUUUAAUACUACAAAUUUUGCCAAUCAGACUUUAAAUGGCACGUACCCAAGUAUUUAUGACCAACUCGCCUAUAUACCCUGCGAAGAGGUCUACGAUCCGGACGAUCACAAUACGAUAGUCGAGUUUUGGGUAUGUGGCAUCUGUCUGAAUAUAGUCGGUGUCCUUGGCAUCAUUGGUAAUGUUAUAUCUAUGAUUAUAUUGUCCCGUCCUCAAAUGCGUUCUAGCAUCAAUUAUUUGCUCAUUGGUUUAGCGUGCUGUGAUACAGUUUUAAUUAUAACGUCUGUGCUGUUGUUUGGCAUACCGUCCAUUUAUCCCUACACCGGGCACUUGUUCCUUUACUACAAUUACAUUUAUCCAUUUAUAUCGCCGGUAGUAUUUCCGGUGGCCAUGAUAUCUCAGACGGCCAGUAUAUACAUGACCUUCACAGUAACGUUAGAACGUUAUGUGGCCGUUUGUCAUCCGCUGAAAGCUAGAGCCUUGUGUACAUAUGGACGUGCCAAAAUCUAUGUGAUAGUAUCCAUCCUAUUUGCUCUCCUUUAUAAUAUGUCUCGAUUUUGGGAGGUAGUUACCAUCGACACUAUUAUUCCGAACAGUACGGUGGUUUUGCACUGUGUGCGACCGUCGGCGCUGAGACAAAAUCAAACUUAUAUAACGGUGUAUAUAUUGUGGUGUUAUUUCAUUGUCAACUAUGUCAUACCGUUUCUGACGCUGGCCAUACUCAACUGUCAGAUUUACCGGCAGGUGAAGAGGGCGAAUCGAGAACGCCAACGAUUGUCACGUUCUGAAAAACGGGAAAUCGGUUUGGCGACCAUGUUGUUGUGUGUAGUGGUAGUCUUUUUUGUUUUUAAUUUCCUCGCCCUGGUGCUAAAUGUGUCCGAGGCAUUUUAUAAUUUCAUUGAUCAUUCGCUGGCGAAGAUAUCCAAUCUAUUGGUGACCAUCAACAGUAGUUGUAAUUUCCUUAUAUACGUAAUAUUCGGUGAGAAGUUUAAGCGUAUAUUCCUGUUGAUUUUUUUCAAGCGCCGCCUGAGCCGCGACCAACCCGAUCUUAUACACUACGAAAGCUCAAUAUCCAACAAUGGUGAUGGCACUUUGAACCAUCGAUCGUCGGGGCGUUUCUCUCGACACGGUACCCAACGUAGUACUACCACCACCUAUUUGGUAACAGGGGCGAGUAAUAGCACUUUAAACAAUGGUCGCCUAAUGAAAAGUGCCAGUUCGCCGGGCGUUGUCAAAAUCAAACGUGGUCGGGCACCAUCGCCCGGUCCGGUUGUAUAUUAUCCGGCGCGGGAAGUUCAACGCACCUCGCCCAUAAUGAUGAUGUCGAAUAACAAUACUCCUUUAGGUUGUGAUUGGAUUGAUACGAAAAAUAGUCAAAUGACUUCAGGGUUCUGAGAAACGGAUGCCCCUUUCCAGUUCAGUAAUGAGCACUUCAAAUAUCAUGUAAAUUUCAACAUAAAUUGUAAACAUUUUAUUUAAAGCAAACAAAAAACAAAUUUUCUCUUUAAGUUAAACUUGUAGAUUUUAGAAUUGUAACUUUAUUAAACUGUUAAUUAUUUAAGAAACAACUGAAUAGCUUUAAUAAAUAUCAUAGAUAUAGAUUGAUCCAUCCACCCACCCAAAGGAAAAAAAAACUAAACGAACUAAGUAUGUAUGAGAAAAUAUUAUAUUAGAAUACCGCUAAUUCUCGUAAUUAAUAAUAUUGAAAGAACAAAAAUACAACAAAACAAUAAUAGUUGUGUUUUGUUGCUAACGUUCAAAGGCAAUUUCAUAUAAAUUUAAAAUUUAUAAACGUUAGGAGUU